AUGGAAGGAAUCGAUGAUGCGAAAAUGCACUUUCUCAGAGAAAUCUCUUUGCAUAAGUUUUUCAACAAAGGCGACCGCACAUCGCACUGGUACUUGCUGCUGGCUGGCGAGGUCCAACUGUUUCUACCCGGCUAUUAUCCAGGAUCCGAAGCGUUGCCGUUGUGUUCACUGUCGGCCGGCUCCCUGUUUGGCGAACUCGACAUCGACCGUCACUGCUGUUCGGCAGUCGUCACUCGGCAGGCCGAAUUUGUUCGAAUAUCACAACGUAUUCCAUCUCACCUGAUAGCCACCCGAUCCGACGCUGGAGUCGUCCAUCCGUUGCCGAACGGAGACGUGAACGGUAUACAUUCGACUACAGCAGUAACAUCAUACCCACAGGAAUAUCACGGAGGGCCAACGACGUCUUUCGACGUGUCCGCGAUGCAGGCUGAGUUGGAUCAGGUGCCACAACAUUCUUACGAUCAAGGCAGCAUCAUCGAAUUCAACAAUGCCAUU